AUGCCAACAGCAAUAGAGGAACAACUACCCGGCGUCGACUACUCCAUCGACAGCCCUCCUCCGUGGAGUGAGUUCCUUCUCUUGCUGCUUCAUGAACAUCGUCCUGACAGGCACCGUGCAUACUUUGCUUCGGUUCUGUUGUAGAUUCUGAAGCUUUCUGGUCGACUGCUGUGCUCACGUUCUUUUCUCCCUAUAAUCUAAAGUUUCUUCCUGCCCUCCAUUUACCUCUCAGCAUGCCUUUCUCGAUCCACAGAGGCCUUCCCUAAGAUUUCUCAUUUCCUGCCCUUCUCCUCUCUAUUCCUAUCUCCUCGGUUGUAGGGGAGGCGAUCCUUCUCGGUUUCCAGAACUACGUGGUCUCUCUGGGUACCAUUGUCCUCGUUGCCAACAUUCUCGUCCGGCAGAUAGGCGGCAGACAAGUGAGUAUGCGAUGCUCUGUUCUUCAUCAACCUAUUUUUGCGAAUGGGACGCUGGUUCCCUGGAUUUCUGACUUAAUUCGAACCAAGGAUCGGUAAGCUGACUGAGAAGACGAGAAAAUCUUCUUUCAAGGAGGAGAAAGCCAAGCUCAUCCAGACUAUGGUCUUCGUCUCCGGUAUCAACACGCUGCUGCAGGUCAACUUCGGCACCCGGCUCCCAGUGGUGAUCGGUAGCUCCCAGACGUUCAUCCUCCCUACUCUCUCAAUCAUAUUCCGUCAGCGGUGCAGCGACAUUCUGGACCCGCAUGAGGUCACCCUCUUCGUCCUAUCUUACAAAUUUUCCCCUCUCAAUUCCGAUCAUCUGCUUCAGGCUUUCCUCCAUUUACAAAGACAGAAGUGCAUUGAUUCUUAUUGGAUCAGAGGCUCAGGCAGACGAUGAUUUCUGUCAUCUUACUAAUUCCUCAGACUUUUCUCAUAUCCAUCUCUCUGUAAUCUCUUCCUACUUCGCUUCCACGCUUAACGAAAGUGCAUGCUGGAUUUUUAUUUGAUCAGAGGUUCAUACACAGCAUGAGGGCCAUACAGGGGGCUCUGAUCAUCGCCUCGAGCCUUCAGAUCAGUUUCGGAUUCUUGGGGAUAUGGGGUGUCGUCGUGAGGUGGGUAUCUUUCCUUCCAGUUCUGUUGAUCCAGCAGUCGUUUCUAAUAAACUUAUCUUUCGAUUUCUCAUUUUGCUGCCACCAUGCUCAACGCAUCUCCCUCGCCACGGUCGACCAGGUACCUCAGUCCGCUCGCCGCAGUGCCUCUCGUCACACUUGCCGGCCUCGGGGGUUUCUACGUCGGCUUCCCCCUCGUAAGAGCCAGUUCUACCAUGGGAAAUCAUGUCCUCCAUGGCUUGAUUUCCUUAAAACCUUCUUUUGCUUGCCUUCUCGGGGUGAACUCUUUUCCUGCUCGUGAUCAUCGUCUUCCUUGAACACAGGCGGCCAAGUGCGUUGAGAUUGGUCUUCCAGCGAUCAUCCUUCUGGUAUUCUUAUCACAGGUAUCUUCUGCCGCAGCGCGCUUUCUCUCGGGUCUCUCCGAAGAGCUUGGAUCAAUUUGACCUCCAACAUGAUGUACUGACGCGGAGAAAUCUGCAGUAUGUUCCCAGUGCGUUGAAGAGAAGGAGAGUCAUUUUCGAUCGGUUUGCCCUGACGAUCACCGUGGUGAUCGUAUGGGUUUAUGCAUUUUUCCUGACUGUUGCGGGUGCGUACAAGCACGCGAAACCCUCCACCCAGUUCAGCUGUCGCGCAGAUAGAGCUGACCUGAUUGGUGCUUCUCCCUGGUAAGCAUAUCCGUUCUUGUUCCCGAGAUCUCCUCAAACACUUUCAGAAAUUGAUCCGGCAAGUCGAUCUUUCUGAAAUUUCGGAGAACGUGAACGCUCUGGAUUUCCACGCUGUUAAUUCAAACGAGGAACGAACUAAUUCAUAUCCGUAUGAUUUCCAUUUGAAGAAGAGACGGUAAUCAAAAUGAUUUAGAUUGAGCAGAUGAACACGUAAGUGGCAGAAAUUUCCGAGGCAUGAGAUUUUCUUUCAUGGCUGUCUUUGGUUUUGCAGGAUUAGAGUUCCUUACCCGCUUCAGUGGGGAAGACCCACCUUCAACGCCGGGGAAGGCUUUGCGAUGAUGGUCGCCUCUCUGGUUGCUCUCGUUGAGGUCCGUUCCAUUUUCUACCGCUCCUUUUAUCGGUCGAUGCGCAUUUUCUACCGCUGGGUGUUUCUAUCGAGUCAUCUUCUCCUCAGAGAUGAUGAUUCUGCAACUUUGACGAGUUCUUCGAGGUCUGGUUCCAUCUAUCUGAACUAAAUCGUAAGAACCCAAGCUCAUUCCUCCCCGCGCCGGCUCCAUGGCUCGCGUAGGAUCCAAAAUAAAUCAAAUAAGAAGAUCGGGUAUUAUUAUCUGCACCUGACAUCCUCAUCUCCCAUGGCAGUCCACAGGCUCUCAAAUCGCCGCACAAAGAUUCUCGAGGUCAACGCCCGUUGCGCCGUCCAUAUUCAGUCGGGGUGUUGGGUGGCAGGUCAACGUACCCUGUGAUCUAGAUCAGAUACGAUGAUUUGUCGUAAUAUCGUCUGCCUCAAUCUCUUUUAUUUCGACAUCUUACAGGGAAUAGGUAUCUUACUAGAUGGGCUCUUCGGUACUGCAAAUGGGUCAACUGUAUCAGUGUAAGCUCGGCUUCCUCGGCCUGAAGACAAAACUUCAUCAAAACUCACAGUACAUUAUGUAACCUCCUCCUGUUCUACCUGGGCAGGGAGAACGCUGGCCUCCUGGGGUUGACUAAAGUAGGAAGCAGAAGGGCCAUCGAAAUAUCUGCUUGUUUCAUGCUCUUCUUCUCCGUCCUUGGUAAAGAACCUACUUUAUUACAUUUCCAAGGUCAACGCUCAUUUAUCCUCGUUCUCUCUCACCUCUUCUUUGCAACAAAAACCAGGAAAAUUUGGCGCGAUCCUCGCGUCAAUUCCAUUGCCUAUAUUUGCCGGCCUGUACUGCAUCCUGUUUCCCUACGUGGGUGGGUACCUCUCCGAAGCUCCCCCUUUCUCCAGGCUUACCUGUUGAACUCUCUCUGAUGAAUCAUACUUCUGUUAACAUAUCAAAAAUCUGACCAUUCUCGUUGAAUUCGGAUAAUCCUUCUCUGCCCUAACUUGUCUGAAUUGCUGAAUUAAUACAAGAACGUGUUGGGUGCUGGCAGCUUCAGUAGGGCUUCUCCCUGUUCGUCGGCAGUUAUGCAGCGUCAAUAGCUUCCGCACCAUAUUCAUUCUGGGCUUCUCCCUGUUCCUCGGCACGUCGGUGGCGCAGUAUUUCAGGGAGUGCUCCCUCGUCGCCGGGCACGUCCCCGCUAACACUGGCUCCAGAGCGGUGCGCAUGUUGACUACAUGAAAACUCGAUCCAUCCGGCCUCUCUCUCACUCUCCCAUCUUCCUCUCUGGUGCAGUUCAACGACAUCGUAAACGUGGUCUUCUCCUCGCCGGUGAUGGUGGGGUCCGUGGUGGCUUACUCCCUGGACAGGACCCUCAACCUAGGCGACCACCAACGACGCCGACCCACUGGCGAAACCACCGCUACAAUAGAACCUCCAGCAGUCCCCACCAUAGCAUCUCCCAAAAAUGAGUGUCAUUGUGAGACGUUGGUGGUGUUGUCCUUUUGA